AUGGUUGCUGAGCUUUCAGCCCUUCAACAAAUCGUGAACACACUGACCGGUCUCAAUGGGCUUCCCGUUGUCAUCGUUGAGUGUGUUGUCACGACGAUUUACACCUCACUCGGUGGAUUUCGGGUGAGCUUCAUCACGGACAAUGUUCAAGGCGCCCUCGUUGUGAUGCUUAUCAUCAUCGGCGUCAUUACAGUUGGAGUGGAAGUUGAUGUCGACCGUAGCCUUGUGGGAUCAUCUGGACUGCUCGAUGCAAGCCUUCUUGGCUGGCAGCUCAUUUACAUCCUCCCUGUUGCCAUUCUCACCAAUGACUUCUUUAUCAGUGGCUUCUGGAUGAGAACCUUUGCAUCGAAGACCGACAAAGAUCUCCGAGUUGGGGUUUCGAUUGCUACCGUCGCUGUUGCGAUCAUUCUUACCCUUAUCGGUUCUUCGGGGCUUCUCGCAGUUUGGUCGGGUGCUUUGACCGACCCAGAGACGGAAGGCUCGAUUGCUUUCUUUCUGCUUCUUGGGCAGCUACCAGCGUGGGUCGUUGGGAUUAUCCUCGUGAUGGUGGUUUGCCUGUCCACGGCUGCCUUUGACUCUUUCCAGAGCGCCAUGGUUUCUACUGGGUCGAAUGAUAUCUUCCGCAACAAGCUUAAUUUCUGGUUCGUCCGUGCCGCGGUCGUCCUGAUCAUCAUUCCCGUCGUCGUGGUUGCCCUGAAAUCGCCUUCUGUCCUGCGAAUCUUUCUUAUCAGUGAUCUGGUUUCAGCAUCAUCGAUUCCAGUCUUGGUUAUUGGGCUCAGCGACAAAUGUUGGUGGUGGCGCGGCUUCGAAGUUGUCGUAGGUGGUCUUGGUGGCAUUUUGACUGUCUUCCUAUUCGGCCUAGUCUACUAUGACGGCAAUAGUGGAAUGGCGGGGAGGCUCAUUAUCCUUGAGGGAGGACUGUUUGCUGGGGACUGGAGCACGUUUGGCGCAUUCGUGGCUGCCCCCAUUGGGGGCCUGCUCUGGGGAUUUGCAGCAUUUGCCCUCCGCCUGUCGGUUCAAUUCAUCCUCGCCAAAGUACGCGGACACAAACUCACUGCCCUCGAUCGACCUGUUCGUUCUUCUCCGGACCCGACUUUCUUUACCGGAGGCACCGCCUCGGAAGGCGACCCCAGCCCUGUGAGUGGCGGGUAUUAUGGUGACCAGAAAACUAAGUUCUUUUGA